UGCAACCUUUGUUAAAACCAACUGCCAUAUGGAAAGGCUAAGUUGCUAAAUCAGAGUCAAAUACGAGAAAAAGAUCAUCAGGUUGGUUUCAACGGCAACAACCGAGUCCGCACUCGCGGUAGAGAGCAAACGCUCAAGAAGGGGAAGAAGCCACCUGAGAAGCAAGCGGCAAACCGAGGAAGUCCACAGACUCUCUGGUGUACCUACGCUGCGUGUCCGGUGUCUAUAAUCCCUCUGCCCUUCAUUGCGAAACUUGCUCUGCCAUGGACCGGCCGCCGACGCCCAAGAGUCCGCGGCCGCCGACUCCAAAGAGCCCUCGGCGUCCGCUGCCGGCCAUCGAGAUCCCUCUAAAGAGCAACGUGAGCUCAGACAAAGCUCCGUCGCUCCCCUCGUCGCCCACGGCCGCCAGUGCCGACACUCUGAUGCAAUUGCCCUUCGUCACGCCCUGUUGUUCACUGGCGCUGCAGUCCAAGCGCGUGUGGAACGUACGCAACGCGCUGGUGGCGUCCAAGAUGGCCACAUGCAGCAUCGAGACGCUCACACAGACUGUGGACGCUCGAGCAGCUGGAGACAGCGCGUCCAUGCUCGAGAAAGACGGAUUCGUGGACUUGGUGCGAUCUCUUCCUGAACUGCGUACAGGAGCGACGUUCAAGCCCAUGGAGGAGUCUCUGGAGCGAAUCUUCCGCUCAUUUGAAGCCACCAACCGUACCGACAUCUACCAAUUAGCGACGGGUUGUUUGGUUCUGCUACCGGGCGAAAUAAAGCGUAAAGUGGAGGUCGCCAUGCAAUUCAGCCUCUGCGGCUGUGGAGUAGAUGGCUCCAGUCCCAUCACGCUGUCCAUUGCACGUACAGCUCUGGGCUGUUUGUUACUCUCCGUCUCCGCUGUGUUUGAUCUAGAGACAGCGACCGAAGACCAGUUGCAAUCCACUGCGUCUAUUGUUACAACGUGUGUGGAUGAGACGGUGGCGCGUAUGUUUGCGGCUAAUUCCUUGGCAAAAGACGCCACUGCGUCGUUUGAAGAGCACAUUUGGCCAUGGAUAGAAUCCAACAGCAGUGCCAAUAAAUCUGUGCCGUGGAUUAAACUACUCGAUCAGAAGAAAUGGCCCGGAUCCAAGAAAUUAACGGCGUCGACACCUCCAGGCACUCCUACCAAGUGGGGAUUACCCGACGGCCCACCUACAUCAAGUGAGAGAGGAGAUGACAACGACUAUGAAGAUGAAGAAGACCCAGCUGAGCUGAGCUUCCGGUUCUCCAGUGUAGACGGCGGUUUGUUGACUAUUGGCGAGCAACAAGCCAUUGAUCUGUACGAUUUGUUAGUGCAAUCGGCUUUCACGCGUGUGAAUCCUCAGGCAAUGUACGAUACGUUUGUACAGCAUACAGGGGACGGCCUCCUUGAAGAAGAGACAUUUCUGGAGGCCAUUGAGGAGCUCCUCAGUAUGACGGACAAGCCACAUUUGAUGGAAAACAAUACGUUCUUGGAGAGUAUGCUGGCGAUCUUCCGGUCUUUCCUACCGGAAAAGUGUCCUACAGUAGACGCCUUCGAGAUUGCAGCUGGCUUUAGUCUGAUGUCGUGGGGCUCCAAGAGCGACAAGCUCGCUUCUGCUUUCCAUUACUUUGACGCAGAUAGCAAGGGUUAUUUGAAUCGUCAGCAGCUAUGGAGAUUCUUACGGUCUGUUCUGAUCACGCUGCUGCAUUUGUCGCCCCCUGCUGAGGUUGUCUUGCACCGAUAUGGUUCAUUGGCGGAGCUUGUGGACAAGGGAGAGGAGGAAAUCUUAGAAGCCAUCAUGGAAGGGCUUCCUAGUGAGGCUGAAUAUGACGACGAAGACGAAGACGACGAUAACGAGGAAAAAGCAGACGCUGAUAGUGAAGAUGGCGACAAUUAUGUGGAUGAGAUUGAUGGCGAUCGUGCUCGUGUGAACUCGGACAUGCGACUUGGUCUGUACACGUUUGAAGAUUUCGGGUUGUGGUAUAAUGGCGGAGGUUUCAAAGGAAUGAGCUGGUUGGAGCUGCUGGACCUUCGCAAGUGGGUGUUUGUAUCGCCUGCGUUCAAUCUGGAAGGUCUGGAUACUCGCUCUGUGGAUCCAGUCGUGGCAAGCAACAAUUACUACACUGCCAACAAUAUUCAAGUGGAUAUUGACGCGGUAGACCCGCCAGAUGGAGUUCCUGGUGUUAAGAAGCCAUACUUCACAUUCGCUGAUGUUAUCGACGAAGAAGAUGACGACGAUGCCGCUGUAUCGACCAGGGAGCAUCCAAUUCCUUUGUCAGCAUCCAUCGAGUCGUCCUCUACUGCUGUACGCUCUUACAACAGCAGUAUCCCUGCAACAUUACCGGCUAUUUGUCUGAAGAAUGAGAUUGUGCUAGAGUUCGACUUACCGUUCGAUGCCGAUGAUGACGCCAUCACAGAGCUGCCGAUAACAACGUUAAGCUUCGACAACGGUGAUUUAAUCCAGUACUUCGAACUACAGCGUGUCAUCAAGCUCAACCAGGUGCAAUUGUACCGCGUAUACGACGUAUUUGAGCCAUUCAUGGAAGACCCGGCUUCCUCGUGUAUUGAGAAGAGCACGUUCGACAAAUGCGUGGGCAAACUCCUACCUGCUAACGUCGCUCCUAGCGUGGCUGCUGCAUUUGGAGCGAAUAGCAACACACGCAUCCCGCCGCGAAGUGUAGGACGUGGAAAAGACCCGAAAAUGGUUGCGGAUACGCUCAGUCGACUGUUUUUCGCCUUCAACCGUGGCGGAACAGGCAAGAUCGACUUGGUCGAGUUCGUGUCGGCCUUCACAAUUUUCUGUGCCGGAUCCAAGAGUGAGAAACUCGCGUUUGCUUAUCGUUUAUUCGACGCUGAUGGAGAUGGCUGCCUGACUCGCAGAGAGAUGUGGAAGUAUUUGAGGUCGUUCUUAACAAUGCUGUUGGCCUUAGGAAAUGGCUCGGAGCUGUCUGCUGAAGCCAUCGCUAGUGUAGCAGACACCACAGCGAUCGAGAUCGCGGACUGCAUCUUCAAAGACACGGACAAGACCUUCAGUACUAGACAGUCGAUCACUUCCAUGCAAGGCAGUCAACGCCAUAGCUUGGAUCUCCCGUUGUCAGCCGACACGGCCUCGUUUAGGAGCUCGUCGCGUCAUCAUCGAAGUGGACGCUACGAGCACCGCGGGUCAUUCCCAGGAGACGGCAAUCUUCAGCUGGUCGGAGCUGCGUCCCAUGCGUCAGGUGUUGGCGCUGGCAGUGCAUUCAUUCGUGGUGGUGUGGUGUCUUUCGAAGAAUUCGCUGUCUGGUAUUCGCAACAUGGCUACACGAUCAUCGCGUGGAUUGAGUUACUGGAUACCAAGAAAUGGCCUGAGGUGCCUCGUUCAGUAUCUGACGCUAUUCUUCGCUACAUCAGUCGUCAGCAACAUGCACUCGAGAAUGCAACGCAAAUGGGAUCGGAGGAGACUGGCUCCGGGUCAUCUAACGAUACGGUAUCCUCUAACGAGAGUUCUCACCGCGUACAUGAGUCUUUGCAGCCAAACUUCCCUGACUCCGACAUGACGGUGCUUGAUACAACAGCCUUCCGGACUGUAGAUCGCUACGCUGUGGAAGCUGGGAUGGAUGCGGUGAGUGGAAUCUCGAACCUCAUAACGUCUCCGUCAGCUUCAGCGGCCGGAUCGAAGGAUCUCUCGUCUGUGGCGCUGCAGUUUAAACUCACGAGUUAUGACAACACGGCGUUGCGUAUCCGUUUAAAGGACGUAGCGAUCGUGUACACGAUCUCCGAGCGCAUGAAUUUCAGUCGAAUGACGACCGGCGAGCUUGUUCAUUUAUUGAAGAAGCACGCACAUAAUCGCACACUGACGAAGCCUGGAUAUCUGCGAGCCAUGCGCGACCUUGUCCCGCGCGACGAGCUAUCAAAUGAGGAUCAGGAGUUCCUGUCGUUCCAUUUACUGCGCAUCUUCACGCUUUUCGAGAGCGAGAGCGUUAUACAGAACAGUGAAUCCAAUGGAGACGAUGGAGACGAGAACGGAUUUGGAGUGGGGAUGAACACGAUAGCCGUGGAAACUUUACAGCUGGUCGCUGGUAUGUGUGUGUUCUGCGGGACGACCAAGAGUGCCAAACUCGGUGUUUUAUUUAAGCUAUUCGCCUCACACGGAGACGGACAUGUGUCUCGACGUCGACUGUUUGAGAUGUUGAAAUCGAUCCUAGUGGUGCUGUUUGCCUUUUCCAGCUACAACGCUACUAGAGGCAACUCGAAUGACACUGGAUCUGUCCAUUCCUGGAGCACUAACUCGAUCGCGGAGCGUGCAGCGGGUGCCGUUGUGUCGAAACUCUUCUGUGAAGCUACGUGCAAGCGUCCUGACGCUAUCAAUCUCGCGGAAUUUGCUGCGUGGUAUGCAGCAGGUGGGUAUAUGGACUGUCCGUGGCUGGAGCUGUUGGAUCUGUCCAAGUGGCCAGCUAAGGAAGCGUUCGAAGCCAGCAAACGCGAGAAGCCUCUGAUCUAUGCGUUCGACAUGCUGGAAGAAGGUAGCAUUUUGCACUUCACAGAGAGCGACAUCUCGACGUAUCUCUUCAUGUUGCGGUCCACAAAACUUGGAGAGUUGAGUGUGAGUAAAGUGUACGAUGCGCUAUUGGCGUACGCUACUCCGUCUGCAGAGGAGGCGCUCAAGAUGUCGAAAGCUGUUGGAACGCAAAGCCGCAGAGGACAGAUGUACUCGUACGCCGCCGUGGAAGAAGAUGAAGGCGCGUAUCUUGUCUUAACGCGUACCAACUUCUACGAAUGCGUGCGUAGUCUGGUGUCUAAGGACGGCAUGUCAGAGAAGGCACAGCAGACGUCUUCCAAGUUGCUUUCACGGCUGUUCAACGUCUUUGAUCGCAAGCGCUGCGGUCGUGUGAAUGCACUGGAACUCGCAUGCGGCCUCAGUAUUCUCGGCAGAGGUUCCAAGAGCCAGAAACUCUCGUUGGCGUUCGAUUUCAUCACUAAAAUGCGUCAGCAGAGACACAAAACACUCGCGAGUUAUGCGCCACCACCUCCGAGUACUGCGAUGGGGUUCGGUGGCUUUGGAGCUCAAGGAACGGCUACUGGCGGCUUCGGCUUCGGCCUUGGGGGUGUUCAAAGCAAUCAGUUCUCAAUGAGCGGUGGAUUUGGAUUCCCCAGUACUCGUGGCUUUGGAUCGACAGCGCAAGGAAUGCGUAGCGUCACGAAUCGUCAGGCUCCACCUCUUUCAGUUGCCGAGAUCAAUGCUCUGCCUCACUCCGUGCUGUUCAUCUACUUGCGCUCAUUUUUGCUGGCUCUAAUGGCUCUCAGUGAUGGCACGUAUCGUCUUGGGUUGGAGAAGAUUUAUGUCGAAGCUGAUGACUUUAUCGAGGAAGCGAUGGGCGAUCUCAUGACGGACGUGACGGCGAAUGGAGGUGCUAACAUUCCAGCUACCAACGGACUUUCGGGUUAUGGUAGUGCGCGCUCCCGUGCUCGUGUGACCUUCGAGCAGUUUGGCGAGUGGUACAAUACAGGAGGCUACCAGUUGAUCUCGUGGGUGGAGCUGCUUGACGUCAGCAAAUGGCAACAGCAACAAGACUUCCAGGACCAGACGAUGUCAGCAGCUGGACCGGCUUCAACGUACCAGAGCAAGCGUACAUCUCCUGUUAUGGGCUCUCAAAGCCGCGGACCCAUGUCUACCGCUGCUCCGAUGCCAGUAGAGCCCAUGCAGCCAAUUCAACAAACAGUGAAGCCCGUGACACGUCGACGACAGGUGCGUCAGAGCGACAUUGUAUCAACACCGUUUGUCCAUGGACUCCCCACUGCAGACCAAGACACUAAACAAGAUCCUCGCGAGUCGACGGGUGCCCUCAGUCUGAGCUCCGAUGGCCCUGUUAUGGUGUUCGCUGUCGCUACAGAAGCUGCUGAGUUACAGUUCUUCAACGAAGAUAUCUCGACCCUCAAGUUGUUCCUACGACAAACUCAACUACACACAGUGACCUCAUGGGAACUGCAGGGUGCUGUCUUGGAAGCUCUGGACUUCCCUACUGCCAAUACCGCUGGUAUCAUGUUGACUCGACGCAGUACGUUUCUCCGAGCACUGCAGAAAGUAUGCGGGACUUUGCCUCUCGUCGUUCCAUCGAGUGGAUCGAAGGACCAGACUGGAUUCCUAAGUGAAGAAGGGGUGGAUAUGCUGCAUCGUAUUCUUGGAGUCUUUGUACGUGAGCCUGCGUCGGAUGAUGAAGAGGAGCAAAUACCUGCAGAUGAUGGAGACGACGAAGCGGAAGAUCCGGUUGAUAUUGGCGCGGCGAUCUGCGGUAUGUUGGUGGUGUGUGAAGGCACCUUGCUCGAGAAGCUCAAGUGUUGUACUGCGUUGAUCUCCGAUGACGAUGGCGAGAGCGCGAUGAAGGGCGAAGGAGAAGGCGAAGAAGAGACGGACGGCCCGAUGGUGAAGCUUGAGACGAUCAAGUCCAGUCUCAUGUGUUUCUUGAUGGCGUUUUACGGCAUGAGUAGCUCCCUAAGUGCCGAAGUGGCUCGCUAUUCGGCGGAACUUGGAGCUGACGCCGUAUUGCAGUCCUUCGUCGAAGUUGAUGCCCCUGAUCUUGAUCUUGGGAAGGCAGUAGCUCUUCAUGAGUUCACUGACUGGUUCAGUGAUGCUGGAUACCCGUCACAUCCGUGGCUGGAGCUGGUGGUGCUCAAUCAUUGGCCUGCAGCGAUUAACGUAUGCGGCAGUAACGGGAUUACGGACGAGGGAGAAUAAAGAGUUACAGUUAGCGUUACAGUUAGCGACUUUAGAUACAGUAUAAGCAGCCAAAUACAUGUAUAGUUGACUAGUCCU